AUGGCCGCUGCUCUUCCGCCCCUCAGGAACGAUGUCGGGGCAAAUGGCCUCUAUUCUAGAGUCAUCAUGAACGACUACGACUUCGGGGACAACAGAUAUCCGACCCUCGCCGCCCCACCAAAGGGUCUUCAACCCGAUGCUCAGUACACGCACAGACCCUCUUCUCGGCAGGAUAGGGCGCCAGCAGACUCUUAUUCGAGCCCCUCAGACCAAUCACAAGAACCACAACGUUCCCUCUCGUAUGCCCUUCCCCCAGGCGCUGCCCGUCGUGUCGUCGAGCGCUACAGUUUGGACGACAACGUUCAACGCGCCCCCUCCAGAGGUUCAAAUGAGACGAAGCCCACGUUCGUCGAGUCCACCCAAGACACCGUCACAGCCCGUAGUCGCCCGGGAACGCCUCAGGCGUCUCGUGCCAUGUCGCCUCAACCAGGACGUGCAUCCCCAAACCCUUCCACUCGCCGUAACCCCUCCCAACCUCCCAACCCCUCCCCCAUAGGUUCUCCCUCAGGACCCCAGUUUCCUCCUAUCAUGCCAUUAUCCGCUUCUCCAACAUACAACCCGCCUGUAGCCCCCAACCAUCGUGCCUACGCGCAACAACCUACAUAUGUCACACAGCCAAACGCACCCAACCCAAUCCAGACCGUGUAUACACCCAUCAUGCAGCAACAAGAGGAAGUAUGUGUUGAAUGUGCGAUGCGCGAUCAAGAUAUGGCGGAUGUAGAUGUCACUUCUCCGGGAAUAUGGGCCAGAGCCAGUGAUAUCGCCUUCGAGGAGCUGAAGCAAAGAGAGCGAGAGGACGAAGCCAACGGUAUUGUUGUCGACGAUCCCUCACGACCUAGGAUCCGAGGUGGUCGCUUGACAGAACAAAAUCUGAAGUUGUGGCUGAGUGUGAACCCCCGAGAGCCUACCUCUCGCCAGCAGACCUUAAAUACCUAUAUCAAAUCCCAAAGAACCUUGCUUGAAGCAGAAGCUCUUGCCCACGCCCGUGCCAUGCAAGAAGCGAAGCAAUUGGACAAUCGUAUGCGCGACGCCUAUUCUCAACUACGGCGCUCAGCGUACGAUAUGGGCAAUAGCUCUUCGCCUACAGACGAUCUUGGUGGCGUUCGCAUCAAACCUCCACUGUCUCCUGGCGCCACACAACCCAAUCAGGCGCAUGUCCGGUCUCAUUCUCGUGAGAUCACCCUGCUGGAGAAUGGCAUGAUUGUAGAACAUGUAGACGUCCGGAAGGAGGAACGAGAGGUAAGGGAACGCAAGAAACGCGAGGAGAGACGGGCGCGCAAGUCUUCCAGGAGCUCUGUCAUGGAUGUCACAUCCAUCAUUUCCGCCCAGAGUAAUGGACGACUUGUUGAGAAUGGCUUGAAGCCUCAUUCUAGAUUUUCUCAUGCGAGCUCUGCUCGUCCCACUAGUGUCCUCACCGCUCCUCUGGAUCGACCCGAUCUCCCUCGCGCCUAUUCUCAAGCAUCGUUCUCCGAUGUCCACAGCCUCGGCUCCAGCUCUCCAAGGCGAACUAGAUUCUUCGGUAUGAAGAACCUGAGUGCGGGUUGGAGGAGCCAGGAAAGUUUCGCUCCAUCAGGCAUGUCGGGUAGUAUGAUUGAUAUGCACGUUGCUUUGCAACGGGAAAGCCAAGGGCCUAAUCAGUUUGCAGCCUCUCCAAUCGAUCUAAACACCCCUCGUCGCAGUCAAAUCUGGCCUCCUGCUGACCUUGAGGAUACUAGCGCGGUUGGACCUCGUGAUGGCAAGGGGAAAAAGAAGAAAGGAGGAUUGGCGAAGAUCUGGCGAAUUGUGACGGGGAAGAAUGAUGCCGGGCAAGAACGAGGCUUGCUGCGCCGUCAAGAUGAUGACGACCUUCCGCUCGCCCCACCCCCUCCACUAUCCUAUCUUGUCGACCGAAAACCAAAUGACCUCCACUCUGGCGGUAUGCGCCACACUUCCACUCCUUCUCUACCAUCGGUUGUCUCGCCUAAGUUCGGGGCAUCAACUCCUGGUAUGUCACCGCCCACCGCUCCUUCAAGUCUCUUGCCGUCUCCCGUCUCAUUACGUCCACCUGGUGUUGAUGUAGAACUAGUCGAUGGCCGCAACUCCUUUUACAACGACGGCAAUCCUGUUCAUGAUGAACGAGACCGGCGCGACGAGGUUGUUGGCAAGACACCAAGCAAUUGGAAAUCCAUGCAUUCUCUUACAUCCGAACCAGACAUCGGGCGUCCACCACUCGAGCCCAGCGUCCCAAGCUCUCCAUCACCUUUCCCCAAUAACAAUGCUACCAACGGCAGUGCCAAUGGUACUGCCGUUGUGGGCCCUAGGCCCAUGUCCCUUUCUCGAGAGAAAUCUCUACCUCCUCUCCCUGUUGGUGAAGCCCCGGCCCAAGUUCUGCCGUCUGACCGACCGCGCACAGUCUACACCUUUGAUUCCCGUGCUCUUCCCCCAGGAACUGCUUCGCCUUACGAUUUCCUCCCUCCUCAAGCUGCUUUCAGAACUACUGAUACAAGACGCCAAUCCUUUAGCGGUACCUCAUCAAGACCUGAUCUUGCCGUUCAUACUAUGCCUGUCAACAAACCUGUCGAUUUCGGCUCUAAUCGUUCCUUUGGUGCGCGCUACGACGAAUUUGGUAUCUCUCGACGAUCAUUAGGUCGGCUUGACCAGGUCCAGGAACAGGUCAGAGCGAUAUCCCCUCUCCCCUCCUCGAAGCGAAAGAGCAAAUUCGGUCUUGCAUCGCUGCUCGGUAAGAAGAACGACAAACGUGACCACGACCACAUGCAAGAAAAUAUAGGGCACCAGUUUCCAAGUAUGGGGCAGCACGACAAUCAGGAUGAUAUGACGACUAACGGAUAUACGGCGUCGAUAUCACGGCACAGUGCACUUAGCUCAGGUACUCCCAACGCUCACCCACGGAUGUCGGUCACCUCGCGCAAGGCUCUCGAGGAGCUGGUACAACAAGACCCAGACUUCGUUGCCUAUCGAUACCCUUCGAACGACCAACGUCUGGAUCUCCUGCGAUGA